AUGCAUCCCAAAAAGCUCCUCCUCGCCCUCCUCCUCGAAGCCCUCACCGCCCUCCUCCCCACCCACCUCAACCACCUCACCAACCACCUCUCCACCUACCUCCCCUCCCCCGCCGACAAAAACCCCCACACCGACCUCGAAUACCUCGACACCCCCAAGCUCGAAGCCGACUACUCGCGCAUCUCGCUCGGCCUCGGCAAGAUGCGCAACAACGUGGGUGGUGCUGCACCGGCGUCGGUCGCGUGCCAGGCGCACGUGGACGAGCUGGAGGCGGACGUGGAGAGCUUGCGGGGGAUGGAGGAGGUGCUGGUGCCGGUGGUGCCGGCGACGGGGCAGGAGUGGGCGUAUGUGGUGCAUACGCUGCGGCGGGUGAGGGAUGGGAUGGGUGUGGCGGAGGGGGUGUUGAGGGAGUUGGGGGAGAUGAAAAGGGCGGGGGAGAGGGCGUGCUGA